AGACCAGAAGAGGGGAAAUACAAUCUGAGAACUAAACUGCCAAAGCCUAACACCACCUAGCAACAGUUGAAAAAAACUUUUAAACAAAAGUCUGGGUGAGACACAGACAGAGUAUACCUCCUACUUCUGCCUGGGAUUUCUCUGAGAGGCAGCUCCAGUCUUCUCUAUUUCCUCCACUACUUCAGCUGCUGGUAGACCUAGAAAAGUAGGAAAAGUUUCUCUCUUUGUGUUCUCCUGGGCUGGAUCAGCCUACUGCUGUGGUAGUGCUGUGGGACAAGCUUCUGCGAUCUUGCGGUGUAAAGGAUAUAUUCCUAGGUUCGUGUUGCUGACAGGAAGCAGCAGGGACCCCAGUCAGCCUCAGGUGGGAGCUGCAGAGCGAUGGCACAGGGGCACCUCUAUCCUCGACUCUCUCCUCUCCCCUCCGGACCUAGAUUCUAGCGAAGUCCCUGCUCUGGAAGCAUCCCUCGACACAGGUAGGGAUGAGAUCCCGAAACCAAGGUGGAGAAAGCUCGUCUAACGGGCACUUCUCCAGUUCCAAGCCUGUCAUCAGCCAUGCAGAGAAUGAAAGACUUCAGGAUGAUGCCAAGAAAAAGAACAAGCCUCAUCAAAAGGAAGAUGAGGUCAUGUUUUCAGCAACUGUCAAACGGCACUCAAAAUCACCUGGACCUACUGAACGAAAGAACAAGAAGUCCAUAGAGCUUUCUAAAGAGGACUUGAUAAAACUCCUCAGUAUAAUGGAAGGAGAACUGCAGGCAAGGGAGGAUGUGAUCCAUAUGCUGAAGACAGAGAAAACCAAACCUGAAGUUUUAGAAGCUCAUUAUGGUUCUGCAACUCCAGGGAACGUGCUCCGAGUGCUACACAGGGAUGCCAUCCUUGCCCAAGAAAAGUCUAUAGGGGAAGACGUCUAUGAGAAACCAAUUUCAGAGCUGGACAGACUUGAAGAAAAGCAGAAAGAGACGUACCGGCGCAUGCUGGAACAGCUCCUGUUGGCAGAGAAGUGCCAUCGCCGCACAGUUUAUGAGCUAGAAAAUGAGAAACAUAAACAUACAGAUUACAUGAACAAGAGCGACGACUUUACCAACCUCUUGGAACAGGAGCGGGAGAGGUUGAAGAAACUUCUUGAGCAGGAAAAGAUCUAUCAAGCCCGGAAGGAGAAGGAACAUACAAAGAGACUCAAUAAACUAAGAGAAGAGCUAGUGAAGCUCAAAUCAUUUGCACUCAUGCUGGUGGAUGAAAGACAAAUGCAUAUUGAACAACUUGGUCAACAAAGCCAGAAAAUACAGGACUUAAACCAAAAAUUGAAGGAAGAGGAAGAAAAGCUUAAAAUUACUAGCGCAAAAACAAAAGAAGAUGGGCAAAAACUGAUGAAGUUAGAGGCAGAACUUGAACACAAAACGUCAUCAUUUUCUCAGGAACAUGAGGAGAUGACUGCUAAACUGGCUAAUCAAGAGUCACAUAAUAGACAGCUGAGGCUUAAGCUAGUGGGGUUGACUCGCAGAAUAGAGGAGCUGGAAGAAACCAACAAAAAUCUUCAAAAAGCUGAGGAGGAACUUCAAGAAUUAAGAGAUAAAAUAGCAAAAGGGGAAUGUGGGAACUCUAGCUUAAUGGCAGAAGUGGAAAACCUCCGUAAGCGUGUGCUUGAAAUGGAGGGGAAAGAUGAAGAGAUCACAAAAACCGAAUCCCAGUGUAAAGAGCUGAAAAGUAAACUGCAAGAGGAAGAGCACCACAGCAAAGAGUUGAAACUUGAAGUGGAAAAAUUGCAGAAAAGGAUGUCAGAACUAGAGAAGCUGGAAGAGGCUUUCAGUAAAAGUAAGUCUGAAUGCACCCAACUUCACUUAAACUUGGAGAAAGAAAAGAAUUUGACUAAGGAUUUGAUAAAUGAGUUGGAAGUAGUGAAGACUCGAGUGAAAGACCUUGAGGCAUCGGAAAGCAAGUUGGAAAAGGCUGAAAUAAGCUUAAAAGAUGACCUUACGAAGCUGAAGUCAUUUACUGUCAUGCUGGUUGAUGAACGAAAAAAUAUGAUGGAAAAAAUAAAACAGGAGGAAAAAAAGGUCGAAGGUCUAAACAAGAAUUUUAAAGUUGAACAAGGGAAGGUAAUGGAUGUAACAGAGAAACUGAUAGAAGAAAGUAAGAAAUUUUUGAAACUGAAAUCGGAAAUGGAGGAAAAAGUGUCUAGUUUGACAAAGGAAAGGGAUGAGUUAAUUGGCAGGCUGAGAAGUGAAGAAGAAAAAUCCUCUGAACUGAACUGUAGGGUUGACCUGUUAAAGAAGAGAAUUGAUGGUAUGGAGGAAGUAGAAAGAGAAAUUACAAGAGGUCGAACCAGGAAAGGACCAGAACAUGGUUCUCAUGAGGACAACAAGAUUAAAGAACUUACUGUUGAAAUUGAAAGGCUGAAAAAACGUCUCAAACAAUUGGAAGUGGUUGAAGGAGAUUUGAUGAAGACAGAAGAUGAAUAUGAUCAGCUAGAGCAGAAAUUUAGGACUGAGCAGGAUAAAGCUAACUUUCUUUCUCAACAGCUGGAGGAGAUGAAACUCCAAAUUGCCAAAACCAAAGCAAUAGAAAAAGGUGAGGCAGUGAGCCAGGAGGCAGAGCUGAGGCACAGGUUUCGUCUGGAAGAGGCCAAAAGCAGAGAUUUGAAAGCAGAAGUUCAAGCUCUUAAGGAAAAAAUCCAUGAGCUGAUGAACAAAGAAGACCAACUUUCUCAGCUCCAAGUCGAUUACUCAGUUCUUCAGCAAAGGUUUAUGGAAGAAGAAAAUAAAAACAAGAGCAUGGGGCAGGAAGUUCUGAACCUAACAAGAGAGCUGGAGCUUUCUAAGCGUUACAGCCGUGCUCUGAGGCCCAGCAUAAAUGGACGAAGAAUGGUCGAUGUUCCCGUGACAUCCACUGGCGUGCAAACAGAUGCCUUAAGCAGCGAGGCGGCAGAAGAAGAAACCCCAGCAGUGUUUAUAAGGAAGUCCUUCCAGGAGGAGAAUCACAUCAUGAGCAAUCUGCGGCAGGUAGGUCUGAAAAAACCCAUGGAGCGUUCUUCAGUGCUCGAGAGGUAUCCUCCAGCAGCGAAUGAACUUGCAAUGAGGAAAUCUUGGAUACCGUGGAUGAAAAAGAGGGAAGCUGGAGCUCAGGCAGUUCCUGAUAAAGGAGCCCGAACCCACAGUAGCCCAGCACAUCCUGGAGAGGUUGUCCUUUCACCAAAGCAAGGUCAGCCUCUUCAUAUUCGGGUGACACCAGAUCACGAGAACAGCACAGCUACUUUGGAGAUAACGAGUCCAACCUCAGAGGAAUUUUUUUCAAGUACCACUGUCAUUCCUACUUUGGGAAAUCAGAAGCCACGAAUAACCAUUAUUCCCUCUCCAAAUGUUAUGCCACAAAAAGGCAAAGGCGGCGAAAGUCCCCUUGGCCCGGAUCGUUCCAUGUCUCCAGUCACGAUAACAACAUUCUCCAGGGAAAAGUCCCCCGAUGGAGGGAGAGCGCCCUUUGCUGACAGACCUACAUCACCAAUUCAGAUUAUGACAGUGUCAACAUCUGCAGCACCGGCAGAAAUCUCUGUCUCUCCACAGUCACAAGAUAUGACCAUGGGAAGGGCCGUCUUCAAAGUAACGCCAGAAAAACAAACUGUCCCCACUCCAAUCCGCAAGUACAAUGCCAACACCAACAUUAUUACGACAGAAGACAACAAAAUCCACAUCCACCUAGGCUCCCAGUUUAAACGCUCUCCCAGUGCUGCACCUGAUAGUGCAAGUCCUGUGAUAACUGUCAGACCAGUGAACGUAACAGCAGAGAAGGAAGUUGUGACCGGUACUGUCCUUCGAUCUCCCCGGAACAACCUGUCCUCACGACCUGCAGCAAGCAAGGUGACAAGUACUAUCACUAUAACGCCUGUUACAACGUCUUCCACCCGAGGAACCCAAUCAGUGACAGGACAGGAUGGGUCAUCCCCAAGACCUACACCCACCCGCAUUCCUGUGUCAAAAGGUAUGAAAGCAGGAAAGCCAGUAGUGGCAGCCCCAGGAGCAGGAAAUGUGACAAAAUUCGAGCCUCGUGCUGAGACUCAGUCUAUGAAAAUAGAACUGAAGAAAUCUUCAGCCAGCAGCUCUGCCUCCCUGGGCGGGGGUCAGGGCUGAUGGCGGUGGCUCAGGGGAGAGUGUCAUCAUUCACCAGUUACGCAUGAACUCUAGAUGAGUUACCGUCCCCACUGUACGCUCUCUGUGUGCACUACCCUCCUUGCCAGACGGAUGGAUCACUGUAGAAGCUCUCUGCCAUCAACACCAGGGUCACUUGUGCUACUGAUUAUUUGUGGAAGUAUUUAUUGCUUCCAUUAGAUUUUAUGUAUAUUUUUUUCUUGGUAGAGCUUUAAGAGUGAAGGGCCUCGCUGAUAUUUUGAAAGACACCUUGGAAGUCAGAGAGGGAGAAGCAGUCUUUUCUGCCAGCUGAAUUUCACUUUUAUUUGCAAAGCCUAAGGCACGUGCUUGAUUUCGUUUGAUGUUUGCCAUAUAAUUUAUUUUUAUAAUACACUUUGUAAAGUAACUGUCCCAAAGUUACAAUUCCAGUUGUCCAUGGCGCAUUUAUUUGUAGAGUACACUGUCAAAUCCACAAUCUGAUAUUUUUGUAAUAGAGAAUAUGUAAAGAAAGAAAAAUUUAACUUCAGCAAUGUUUUGUGUUUAAAUGGAAAAAUAUUCAGCACAUUUGGGUUGGGUUUUUUUUUGCCACCAUGAGAUUCUGUGAGUCUAAAUACUCUAAAGACUGCUGUAUGGAAUUUAUACUAUUGCAGAAUAUUUCUUGCACUGUGUGACGGUUUGGCAUAAAAUUCAGUAUUACAGUCCAAUGCCUUGAAAUACAACCAGAUUGACUCAUUUUAAACAACAUAAGCCAGUUUUGAAAGCUGUGACUUUUUUUUUCUAUAUCAUGUAUGUUUUUACUUCUGCCUGUACCAAAAAAAGUUGAUUUUCA